GUCACAAUCCCAUUUUCACAAUCAUGUUCGCCAAGCUUGCCGUCUUCGCCGCCUUUGCCGUCCUCGCCGUCACUGGCGCGGCCCACAACUCGACCACGAACUCGUCCAAUGUGAUUGUGCCCAAUAACUCGUCGCUUCCCGCCGCCGCCGCGACCCCGUACGGCCGUGUGUUGUUUGCCAAGCUAUUGGAGCAGUUGAAAAUCGAACACAUCGACAGCAAGCCGUUGGACGACGGCGAAUACAACAAUGCCGUGAACGAGUUGGAAAACUUGUUGACGGGGAAGACUAUCGGCAAGUCCAAGGCGGUGAAGCAGCAGCUCCGCGCGUCGCUUCGCAGCCUGUUGGCGCGCAUGACCCCUGAAGAAUUGGAGCAAUUGUUCAACGACGUCGCGUUCGAACUCACCGUGAAGCUGUUCAAGAAGACGUUCGGUGACGAAAUUGACGUCGACGCCUUGUCUGAAAACAAGACCGCCGCCAGCGAUGUCGUGACUUUCGCAUCGCAAAACGAAACCUUCACCGGCUUGUCUCGUUCCGACGUGGUGUACGUGGGCUCGGCCUUCGGUGGGUGCAUCUUGUCCGUCGCUGCGGCGCUUGCCGUCAUCGGCGCACGCAAGAAGAAGUCCGCUGCCGCGGCCGCUGAAGCCGCUUCCGACAACGUCGUGGAUGAGAUCGAAGCUGCUGAGAAUAUUGCCGCGGCCCAAAAGGACGACGACGUCGAAGUCGAAGACAUCAAAACUGACUCCCCCGCCGUUGUCUCUGUCUAGGGUCGACCCUCGAGCCGUAACAUUAAUCGUUUUGAAUUUUGCUUUCAUUUUUGAUAAAUCAAUCAUAUUAUUACUACG